GUUUAUUAGUUUUCAGCGUCUGCGUCUUUCGCGGCAUCUCUCCUGACUAUUUUUGUGUUGGCGUAGAUCUUAUGAAUUUUUUUAUAGUCCUUGUCUAUUGAUUUUUCAUUAUUAGGUCUUGUUUCUAACGAAAUUAUUUUCUCGAGUGCGUCUAUCACCAAGUCACUUUUUGAUUUUACUAAAUCGAGUAAUUCGUUAACGAAACACGUGAAAAUUACGCUUCAAAAUGAGUGACGUCGAGGUAAGUGUCGGAUUUAUUAUUCUUGUACAAUGCCGCCAUCAUGUUAUACACGCGACGUGGUGCAAUUUUUGUGGUUAAUGGUUAACAAAUUUUUUUUAUCCCGCUGCUAACAUAGUAAACCGAUUUUAAUUCAUAUAUUUCGUUUAGUAACAUCUAAAAUUGAGGUUAUGUUAAUUGUUGCAUUGAAAUACUAUUAUACCUACCUAUCUACCAAUAAUGGCUGUUCUAGAGUUCUUAUAUGUUUCAAUGGUUUUGUAUUGUAGGAUCGGAAUGGUAAUUCGAAAUCCCGUUCCAUUACCCCAAGUCGGAGCCGUAGCAGAUCUCCAAGUGACCACAAAUCUCGUAGUAGAUCGCCUACUCGCUCAAAAUCGCGUUCUAGAUCGUUGUCUCGCCCACCCAGUCGCAAUGGCAGCAAGUACAAAAGUCGUUCCAGACAUUCUUACUCUAGAUCCCGUUCUAGGUCUCGAUCAUAUUCUGGAGAUCGUAGACGUAGUUAUCGUAGUCAUUCUAGAGGCUCUGGUUCGAGACGUAGUAGACAUGUAACUAGAUUUUUACUAAUUUUAAAUACCUAUGUCAUAUGAUAAUAAAUUUUACUAAAAACAUAAUAUUUUGUCUCAGGAAAAUCCAAAACCAAAUAAAUGUUUGGGUAUAUUUGGUCUUAGUGUAUAUACUACAGAACAUCAACUUUAUGACAUAUUUUCUAAAUAUGGUUCUAUUGAUAAAAUUCUCAUCAUAAUUGACGCAAAAGUAAGUACUUGAUCAUUGAAGAACUUUUUUAUAUUUAAAUAAACUUUUUUGAUUAUUAUUAUUAUUCCUAUAGAGCGGACGGUCUCGUGGUUUUGGUUUUGCCUAUUUCAAAAAGCAUGAAGAUGCAAAGGUAGCUAAAGAAGAAUGUUCUGGCAUGGAAAUUGAUGGACGUCGAAUAAGAGUAGAUUUUUCAAUCACCCAACGCCCUCACACACCUACACCUGGAAUAUAUAUGGGCAGACCUACGUAAUUAUAAUUUGUAUUUAUAUAUAUAUAUAGGAAUUGCAAUUUCUUUAAAAAAAUCAAGUAUUCAAGGUUCAUUUUGAUUUUGAUUUUUUUUCUUAGUGAUGAUAGAUAAACAAAUUCUUAUCACUUUUAAAAAUUGCAUAAAUGUGCAUGUAUUCAAGAAUUAAAGUAUACCUACACAUAGGAAAAUAACUAAUUCCUGAACACAUAAUUAUAUUAUUGUAUGUAUUAUAUAUUAAAAGUUAAAUACUUUUAAUAAUGACAAUUUGAAUUUAUUUUAAAAAUUUUUGCUUUAAAAAUAUUCUGGAACUAGUAAAAGUUUAAUUCUACAAUAAAUUAAGUUAUAUAAUAAAAUUCAUUAGAAUCGUUAUUAGAUAACCAUUUUUAAUGUCUUAAAAUAAUAAUCUAAAAAUAGUUAACAAAAGUACAAUAAGGAAAGCCUGUUUCAUGAGAAAAGGGUACUGUUUCACACAUGUCAAAUGAACAGUAUGCUCUUUCUUAAAUACCUUCCACAUAAUUGCUGAUAUAUAGAGCGACGAUUAAUAUAACGUACAAUGUGUUAAAAUUAUUAACUACAGUGCGGUAUAUUUUACUGUAAUUGGUCAUCCAUUCUUGUUCAUUUUUAAUUGAGUUUUAAAUAAACAAAAUUAUUUUUUUUUUUUUAUUUUUUUACUGGAAAAUGUAAACAACAAUAUGAUAUUAAAAUUAUUAAAAUAUGCAUAGAAUUCCCUUCCUUAUUUUAUAAUUUUGAUUUUAAUAGUUUAUAAAAUUUUAAUGUAUUCAUUAAGUAUGUAUAUUACUAAGAGAAAUAAUCAAUUGCAAACCAAGUAGUAUUUUUAACUAAAUAUAUAAUCCUCCAAUUUCAUUUUUAUCCAUUUUAGAAUGAGAGAAGAAAGAUCUUCUAGAAGAAGAGGUUAUGAUAGAUAUGACAAUAACAGAUAUGACCGCGGUGAUAGGUAUGAUCGUGGAGAACGUUACGAUAGAUAUGACAGAGAUAGAGACUAUGAGUAAGUUAUAUGUAUUGAUAAACAUAUAAUGUACUUAUUAUAGUCGUAGUUCUAUAAUUUAUAGGUAAUUACUGUUUUUUUUUUUUUUGUAGCGAUUACUAUGAUGGUGGUUACAGAGGUGGUGGUGGUAGAGGAGGACACUACAGAGAACGCAGAUCACCAUCAUACUACAAAAACCGAUCACGCUACGAUAGGUCACGUUCGCGUUCUUAUUCGCCACGUAAGUCACAAAAAAAUUAAAAUAAACAUUAUUGACCUUAGUUACGCCCUGUUCACCAAUCCAGUGUUUUUUUCAAGCUUAUUCAUUUGAUUAACUUUUGUUAUCCCGUUAUUUUUCUCUUCGGUUUUUUCUUGGGUUUUUUCUUAUAUAAGAAUAAGCAAAAAAAAAUAAUCAAUUACUUAAUGCAGUUUUUCAGCUUUCAAAGUAUUUAAUCAAGAUUUCUCACAUAUUCAAUUUUUUAUUCAUUUCCUGAAGAUCAUAUUCGAAGAAAAAAGAAUAUUUCAAACUGUCAAGAUAAUUAAAUAUUUAUUGACUUGAAGACUUCUUGAACUUUUAAAUCUUUAGAACUUUUUUUAAAAAUUAAACAAAAAAAAAAAUAUAUAUAUAUAUAAAAAGAAGAUUCUUCAAAUUACAAAAGUAGAACACAUGAAGACCCGUUCUCAAUAUGACCCAAGGGUAGAAAAUUGGUAGACACUGAUGAAGAUCUUGAAGUUUGUCAAGAAAAUUAACAGUUUAUCGCCACUAAUUACAGAGGUAAAUUUAUGAUGUAAAUUUCCUCUAAAAAAAAUGUCCCAACAACUUACAAUAACUUAAAAUGAUAUUAAAUUGAAACAAAUGCAUAAAUAGGAGUCUUAUAGUAAUUUCCAAAAUCAUAGUUAGGUUAUUCUUAAAUAACUGAAAUUGUGUCUUCGAAUUCCAAUAUCUUAAAGUUAAUGGCGGUGGUCUAUCAAUUUUUAUUAUAUAAUAGAUACUAAUAUUUAAAACUACUAGUAAAAAAAAAAAAAAAAUAGGAUUGAUUGGUCAUAUUAUGCUGGUUUGAUUAUAUUUGGUGUACAGUUUUUUGGACAGUAUAAUUUAAUAUGAUGGCUGUUAUACCCUUAUAUUUGUCCUAAAAUGAAUAUCCUUUUAAGGUAGGCAAAUAAUAAUUAAUAACAAAAUAGUAUGUUUACAAAACAGACAAUUUUUAAUAUUUAAUUUGUCUUGUGACAUACUUAAUAGAAACAAAAAUAUGUUUGAUAGAACAUAUUUUAUGUGUACAUUAUUAUAAUUUAAUUGAACUUUGACAAUCAUUACAGGUUAAAUAAUUCCUUAAUUUAACAAACACUAAAAACCAAGGAUUUUUCUGAAAACAGAUUAUUCGUAUUACUUAAAUAAAAAAUUGAAUGUGUAAUAACUUUAAAGUUUCAAAAACUCAAUAUCCAUUUUAUAUUUACAUAACCGAUUCUAUCUAUUGUAUAUAGAAUAUUACUAACACAGAUCCCAUUGAAUUAAGGAAUAAUUCAUUGCUAUUCAGUCAUAAAACAAAAUUAAUAACAUUUUAGUUUUGAUUAUAAAUUACUACAAUCGAUUAAUUUCUGUUACUACGUACAUUGGUAAAUUGAUUUGUGAAUAUUAUAGACCUAUUAACUAGUGGACGGGGCCAAGAAAAGUGAAUUAUAGGCAUGAAUGGAGAGAGAAAGAGAGUUUGGGCCAUGGACCUAUUACUAUUGAGACAGCGCACCACACCACAUUACAAGCAACCCCCCCUCUAUAGUAGAGAGAAACAUAUUUAUGGCCAUAUUUAUAAUGUAUGUUAUAUGUCUGCAUGGCUGUUUGUUUGGGGGAUAAAGUAUGUGCUGUCCAUUAGUUGAUAGGUUUAUGGUAAAUGUUAUACAAUUAUAAAUCAUGACUUUUUACAAUUAAUAAUAAAGCUCUUCAUUUUUGUUUGUUAUCAUGAACACAGGUCGUAAUAAAAUCUAAAUGAGCUGGAUAUCAUCAACGCGGGAAUGUUUUGUGAAGACAUUGAAUAUACAUUCAAUACAAUAAUUUUUUAUUGCCCAUUUUUUUUUCCUUUAUAACUAUUUUUUUUUUUUUUAUAACCACAAUUGAUUUCUAAACUUAACAACUGCAACUUUGUAACGAGUCAAAUACUACAUUAAGAUUAAUCGACCAUUUAUAUGAUCGUUUUUUUUUCUUUACUAAUUAUUACUAUGUAUUUGUAUUUUCAUUUGUUCUGCUAAGGUGCGGAAAGAGUUUAAGAAAUUUUCUUUGAAGACUAGGGAUAACAUUGUGUAUUGUGAAGCAUUUGCCAAGUCCGAAGAAACAAAAAAAUAAAGAGAAGAGUUGGUCAAAACAUUUUUGAACAUUAUUCAUUUAGUGUCAAUUUUAGGUUUUCACAAUAUAUAUUUAGUUACACCCUUAUUACUUAUUUCAGUAUGAUUUUGAUAAAUUAUUAAAAGUUGUACAUAUAUAUUUUUUUUUUUUUAAAUAAUAAAUUUGUCUGAACUGCAUUAAUAAUGUAAUGUGUAAACAGAUUUAAGAAUAAAAAAAUAAAACAAUUUUCAUAUUUUAAAGUAGUAUUAUCAAUUGACUACUAAGUAAUUAAAUUCUAUUAUUUAACCAAGGCUGAAAACUGAUAAGAUAAAUUGAUUUUUAUUGUAUUUGAUGUUGGUUUCAAUUAUAAUUAAAUUCAAUUGACUGUAUUAGUUAAAUACUAAUUAUUACUUUUCAGUUUUAAUACUGGGUUUGAUUAUUUAAAACAUUAAUAUAGUCUUUAAUAAUGGUUAUUUGCUGAUUUUAACAUCAGUUUUAAGACUUUUUAUUAAUUCCUUUCUUCCAGUACAUCCUACAAUAAAUCAACAUAUUUUUUGUUUUUAACUAUUGUCUUUAAAGAUAUGCUUCAUAUUUAUAUCUGUAAAUUCAGUUUUUAUUUUUAUUAUUAACUGGUAUGUUAUAAAGAAAUAACUAAUUUUAUGGUUCGGCAUUAUCUUUAUAUUCAAAGUUUAUAACCUACAGUCAUUUUAGUAAUUUGGAUUAGCUCUAAGUAUAUAUUUAGUAUUGUUAGAUAUGUAAUUAACAAGAUAAAAUGUUCAAGGUAGUAAUAUAUCAAAAUUAUAUGAAAAUGUAUUUUUCUUUCAACACGGUUUUGUGUUUAUUUUUUCAAUUUAUUAUGUAUGAGUGAAAAUAUAACUAGUAGCUGACGAUAAUUAUUAAGUUAUACACUUAAUGUACUAAUUAUAAAUGAAUUAGAUAAUUACACAUAUAAUUUAAAUUCAUGAGUACACAUUUUAGUAGUUAAAUACUUUCUUUGCUGAUAAAUAACAAGAAAAAUAGUUCAAGGAAUUUAGUAAUACACAUUGAUAUAUAUU